AGAAAUACAAGAUGGCGGAGAGUGCGGAACUGAAGCAGAUGGUGAUGAGUCUGCGCGUGUCGGAGCUGCAGGUGCUGCUGGGAUACGCCGGACGAAACAAACAUGGCCGAAAACACGAGCUGCUCACCAAAGCCCUGCACCUGCUGAAGGCCGGCUGCAGCCCCGCCGUGCACCUCAAGAUCAAAGAGCUGUACCGCCGCCGUUUCCCCGCCAAGAUCAUGUCCCACACGGAGCUGCCCCUGAGCCCGCCACACCACCCGGCCGCCGCCGGAGGGGGGGGUGCUCUGCCGGGGCUCACGCAGCUGGCGUAUGAAGCUCAGGCGGGUCACGGGGGAUCACCCUCGCCCGCCGCCCUCCUGCCCCUGUCUCUGCUGGGUCCUGGCAAGCACGAGCUGAGUCCCCUGAGUCACCGCCUGGGCACCUCCGGGCCCCUGCACCCGGUCCACCCCGACGUCAAACUGCAGCGGCUGCCCUUCUACGACCUGCUGGACGAGCUCAUCAAGCCCACCAGCCUCGCCUCAGACAACAGUCAGCGUUUCCAGGAGACAUGCUUCGCUUUCGCCCUGACGCCUCAGCAGGUGCAGCAGAUCAGCAGCUCCAUGGACAUCUCGGGGACCAAGUGUGACUUCUCAGUCCAGGUUCAGCUGCGCUUCUGUCUGUCUGAGACCAGCUGUCCACAAGACGACCACUUUCCCCCCAAUCUGUGUGUCAAAGUCAACGGCAAGCCCUGCAACCUGCCCGGUUAUCUGCCUCCCACCAAAAACGGCGUGGAGCCCAAGCGUCCCAGCAGACCCAUCAACAUCACAUCUCUGGUGCGGCUGUCCACCACUGUCCCCAACACCAUCGUAGUGUCCUGGAGCGGGGAGAUUGGCAGGAGUUACUCGAUGGCUGUGUACCUGGUGAAGCAGCAGUCAUCCUCCGUGCUCUUACAGAGGCUCAGGGCCAAAGGCAUCAGGAACCCCGACCACUCCAGAGCCCUCAUCAAAGAGAAGCUGACCGCAGACCCGGACAGUGAGAUCGCCACCACCAGUCUCCGUGUGUCCCUGCUCUGCCCGUUAGGGAAGAUGCGUUUGACGGUGCCGUGCCGGGCGCUCACGUGCUCUCACCUGCAGUGCUUCGACGCCACGCUCUACCUCCAGAUGAACGAGAAGAAGCCCACCUGGGUGUGCCCCGUGUGUGACAAGAAGGCGCCCUACGGGCACCUCAUCAUCGACGGGCUCUUUGUGGAGAUCCUCAACAACUGCACCGACUGUGACGAGAUUCAGUUCAAGGAGGACGGCAGCUGGGCCCCCAUGAGGGCAAAGAAGGAAGUGCAGGAGGUGUCGGCCGCCUCCUACAACGGCCUGGACGGCUCGUGUCGGACCUCUUCAUCGUCAGAGCACCACAGCUCCUCCUCGUCCUCCUCAGCCCUUUCCAACCACAACCACAGCAGCAGCAGUAAGAGGGUGGAGGUGAUCGACCUGACCCUGGACAGCUCCUCUGAGGACGAGGGCCCGGACUCCCCCGCCCCGGCCCCCGCACCUGUCUCUGCCCCCGCUCCGGCCCCUGCACCUGUCCCCGCCCCUGUCUCUGCACCGGCCGCUCCUCCGCAGCCGCAGCACCAGGCUCAGACACAGCCCCACACGCAGCCUCCACCCAUCAAGAGAGCCUGCCCUUCUCUGUCCCCAACGUCGCCCCCUGUCAUCAACAAAGGAGUGUUGAACCUGCACCACCAGGCAUCCCCUGUGAGCCGUACACCCAGCAUGCCCACUGUGGAGACGGGCUACGUGCCCCCAGUGCCCCCCCUCAUCCAAGACUACCGGCCAUACUACCACACGCCCAAUGACCUAUCAGAAUUGAGCUUCUUCUCUUUUCUUCAAGGCGACAAUCAUCAGCAUUACAACAUGGUCAUGGCUGCCGCCGCCGCUGCCUCCGCCUCCGAUGACCACGAGCUCCUUCUCAACCGCUUUCUGCCCUACACCACUUCCUCCUCAGGCCACUCCCACAUGUACCUCAACCAAUCGGGGGCCAGCUCCGUCCCCUCGCUGACCACGCCCACCAACGGCGUCAGCAGCAGCAGCAGCUCGUCCAGCACCCACAGCAGCACCCACAGCAGCACCCACAGCAGCACCCACAACAACCCACAGCAGCACCCACAGCAGCACCCACAGCAGCACCCACAACAACACCCAUAGCAGCACCCACAACAGUACCCAUAGCAGCACCCACAGCAGCACCCACAACAGCAACCACAACAGCAACCACAACCACCACAACAGCCAGCUAAGGGACCCGCAUCUGAAUUCGCACCCUCCCUCACACGCCUCCUCACACAUCACACAUCACCCAGGGGUGCUAGCCAGCCGCGCCAGCAGCGAAGCGGCUCUGGCAGCGAUAUACGGAGGAAUACCAGACAUCAUAUCGUUAGACUGACUAAGAAACAGUUUAGACCUAAAGAAAUGACUGUUCUGGAGAUCCGCAGGGUAAACCUUUUGGCUACAGACUGUCUAGGAGCACCAUGAGGCCGGACUAGCCCCAGUUUAUGAAGUCUGGGGAGGAGGGAGGCUUGUGCACAGAACCGCAGAACCGGUACCGAUGUGGCACAAAACAUGUAAUGACCUUUUGUUACGAAAGGGGGCACUGUGUACAGAGAACAAAAUCUAUUUUCCUCCUACUUUUGUACGCCGACGCCGACCACAGUCUAGUGCUGCUUUACGAACAGCUUUCACCCACUCAAGGCUUGGACUGUACAUUCGCCGGUUGCCAUGUACAAGAUUUUUUCUCCCCUCCUGGAGCUUUCAGUGUAUGAUUUUGUUUAUGCUAUUAAGUUAUUUAUAAUAUUUAAACAGCUAUAUCUAUAUAUAUAUAUAUAUUUAUGCAUUCCCAUAGGUGUCCAGGUUCUUGCUAUGGGAGUGUGUAAGUGGAGUUUAGCCAUUUUGUUUUAGUUAGAUUUUUUUUUUACAGUUUUGCAAGAUUUUAACGCAAUGGCCAAGAAGUACAAAACCGAGUCCAUGUGAACAGCUUUAUAAUGUAUGCACAAAGAAGUGUUGGUGUGUACAUUUAUUUCUACUUAAAAAUUCAAAUGUUAUCACUUACUCUGUUAUGUUCAUUUAACAGAACAUCACAACUGAAACUAUUUCAGAAGACUAUCUGGAGGUUUGUUUGUGUUCCCCGCUAGAUCCAAAUGAUUGUAUAAAAAAUCAGAGGUGGGUAGUACUAACUUUUUAAAGUGAUAGUACUUUUGUCAUAGAAUACUUUUACUCUUGCUUGAGUAAUAGUUUCAUUGAAGUAAUAGUUUUAGUAUUCAUUUGAUACAUUUAGUACUGUAGUACCAAGUAGAUUUGGGUUCCUCUUCCCACUGUGAGUGAGUCUAAAGUAACAAAAGCUUUAUGUGACAAUAAGAAAUGAUUUGGAACAUUUGUGUUUCUUGCAGCUCCUUCAGAUAAUAUUUAGUUUGUCUCAUUUUGUGCCUGUCCUUUGAAAAUACAGAUUUUGUGCAUUAUUUCAUGUUUUUUCCUUAGAAUUACUUUAACUUCAAAUUAUAUAUCAGAUGUUAUGUCCCGACAGUUACUCUUUAAGUUACUCUUAUGUGCGUAGUAGUUUUCCCAAAUUCUUUUUUAGUUAUACUUAAGUAAUUUCUUAGACCACUACUUUGUACUUCUACUUGAGUGAUAUUAGUUUGUUGCCUGAGCAGUGAGUCCCUUCUACAUUCUGAUCCAGAAGGAUUCCAGAAUCCAGAAGAGUCUGGAAUCGGACCACAGAGAGUAAAAAAACCUCCAUCCAAACCUUGAGACGAUCCAAACACAGCUGUUCAUUUGUAUCAAAAGUCUCUCAGAUGCAGAACGCAUCACCUCUUGUAAAUUAUUGUAACGUUUAGAACAAAAUAAAUAGUUUCUUUUACCUGAGAUAAACUAUAGUUUGGUAUUUCGAGUGUCGAUUGUGUCAGUCACGGCCUCUGAAAUCAGGGAGUCAGGACACAGCUGCAGAGCCCCUUGUCUUUGUAACGUUUUGUCAAAGUGUGUGGUUAUAGCUGCACAGGGAAAUCAUUUUGAAGUAACAUUACUUUUAAUGGAGUAUAAUUACGGCUACUCUACCCACCUCUGGAGAAAAAUGUAUAGAAAUAAAAAAAUUGACGGUGAUAUUGUUUUCACAACUCUUUCCAACAGACAGUAUUUGUUUUUUGCCAAUUAGUUUUGCACAUCUUGGGCCACCGUAGCUACGAGCAGAAUCAGUUUGAAGGUGUUUAUUCCAGCUGAAACCAUUUAUUGUUUAUUCUGUUUUAUUUUUUGCACAAUGCCAAAAAUGUUGAUAUGUAAGCUGUAGUGCAGUAGUGUGCCACGUGUCCUAAAUGUUGGGAGGGUGUAGGAGGCCUGCACAGCCACAAGGGGGAGUGCCUACACCGGGCCAAAACUACAGGAAUGUCUUAAACUGUGUGUCUCCACUAGGCCUGUCACGAGAACACUGUCACUCUGUCACAUUCUGAAGUGAAUAUUUCCACAGAUAAUAUCACUUGUACCUCAUUUCUGUCCAUAUUUUUUCUCCAGUACACGUCUUGUAGAAGUAGCUCUUGGGUCAGAAUCAGACCACUAUGUGCUGUAUGUGUGUAAUUAAACAUGGCUAUAUCUGCCACAAAUCAGGUGUGCUGUUUGCAUGCUAGUUGCUGCGUGACACCUAGUUUGCUCUUUGCUCUGAAUCCUUUUAAAACACACUCAUAAACUCGCUGAGGUGAAGGCAGGAGUGUUUAGGGAGUGGCCAGACAACACAGCUCUGAAAUCUGAUUGGCUCCCCAGGGGCCAGUGGAGCUGGGGCAGAAUGUAGUUGGCAAAUAAACUGUGUUACAUUUUACUUGGAAUACUGCACCAAAUUAUAACAAAAAAUAUUUACUUAAAAUUGUAUAUGCACAAAAUAUGAGACAUAAGUGUUGUCCAAAAUCAUUGCCUUCAGAACUGGAGCCCCACUUGUGGCUCGUGGUGUUUAUAAUGAGUAAGAGACGGUAAUUCAUUCAACUCUUCAUCUUAAAUGCUAACACAGUACAUAUGGUAUACACGUACUCAGUAGUACUAAAGGUUUACACAUACACAUUUAGUUGUUCUGUCAUUUAUUGAAUAAUACUUUGAAGUAUAAGUUUUUCUCGUGGCAGGCCUAGUCCCGUCCCUCCUCAAGCCCAAAGAAGUGCAGGCGGACAGUGCCCAGAGACAGGCCAUGGGAGGGGGUACCACGCGGAGCCAGUGCAGUGCACACAGGGCGUCUACAGGGGGCGCUCUCUGCCUGUGCUGCUCCCUGUUCACCACAGCAGGGUUCUCUUGUGAAUGUAUUGUACAGUGUUCCAUGUUGUACAGAAGCACUGAAGGGCCACAGUCAGGAGACACAGAAAGACUGUCACUCAAAUCAAGUGACUGUUCAAAUGUGAUCUUCAUUUCAUUCAUUCAUUUAAUAACAGUACUUUCUUAUAAAACAUGGAAGUUGUUUAGAAGCAUUUUACUUGCCCAGAGUCUGGCAGAUAUUACGCAUUUCACAUUAAAAUUUGCCUAAUGAUAUAAGAUUUUGUCUAAUUUGAAGAUUUUGGUGAAUUUUAUUGAAGCAUUUGUACUAUGCCAAAUUGACUUUUCAGACCUUUUAACCAUGUGAUAGUUGUUUGCUUCUCAUUUACAUAUUAUCAGUCUCCAUUUUCACCGCCACCAGUACACACCCACACUGACACACCCACACUGACACACCCGCACUGACACACCCGCACUGACACACCCACAGUGACAAGUUUGAUUUUCUUACUGGGUGAUACAUGUAGGAUUCUGCAGCAUUGCAUCAUUUUGUCUUAAAAGAAAAUAAAUCUGUGACUCCUUAGUGUGACGUGCAGGCCAAUGCUUGUGUUUAUAUUAUAGUGUGUACUCAAUUAGAUGAAGAGGCAAAAGUGGCACUGGAGAUGGAAUUCUGGAAGUGGAACUAGUUCUACCUUUUAAACUUUUAAAAUUACAUUUUUACAUUUAAACUGGUAUUUACAUCCAAAUUUGAAAAUGUAAAUGUACUGUCCACUUGAUCACAUUUGAACAAGAAUGCUCCUUUAGUGAUGAGUCUGUAAACCUUUAGUGUCACAUUCUUCUGUUGGUCCUUGGUUUCUAAAGUAAGAUGUGUGUCUCUUGAGUGCUUCUUCGUGUCGGCUGAUUUAGAAUAAAUGUAUCCUGUGCAGAGAUAAGACACAUGGUCAGUAACACGCUGUCCUAACUCAUGAAUGCAGCAUUUAAAAACUCUGUAUUGAGAAUCACAAAGCCUCCAACAGUGACACAAGAGCUGUUUAAAAGAGCUGUUUCAAUGUGUAAAACCAAACUGUAAUAAAACCCAGUGAUUCCAGUGGUGUGAGACAGCCUGAUUCUCUAGGAGACAUGCGCGGCCUGCUGACCCCUCGUCCUGACCCCCACCCACAGACUGUAUAUAAAAAUGGACAUAGUUCACCCACUUGCCACCAUUGUCCAAACUGGAAGUGAAGAUGGACACACUUUUGGGCUCCAUCAACAAUGGCUCCAGUUCACUUCAUUUUGCUAUUUUGUGCAUAAAUCAAGAUAUGAACAUUAACAACAGACAAAUCAGACACCUUCUUCCAUGAAGUCGCUCCCACUAGUGCUAACAGCGGGUUAGAUUGACAGCGUUGCUAAGCGCCCUCUCCCUGGCUCUUUGGUUGCUAUGAUACUCGUGGUCGGAAUUCCAAAUAUGGAAUUCUGCUCCAAAUUUGCCCCUAGAACCUCUAGCCUCAGUGAGGUUUAAAAGACUGGAGCCAAAUGCUGUGAGUGAUGUUACCCUCCUCUAGUCCACUUCUUUAUACAGUCUGUGACCCCGUUAGGAUCUGUCUACUGCAUUGUGUUCAUUUACAAUGGUCUUAUUUCAAUUUUUCAUUUCAAUUCCCUACUUAAUUGUCAUAAUUUAUCUUUUCAUCCAUGUCAAAAUUGUUUUUUAGAGUUUCUACCUUGUUAUAAUGUUCCCUCAUCAAAAACAUGCCUGAAGAGGUUUGAGUUGUAUCCAUGCAUGUUUGAGUAAUCUAGUGAUCUCUCCUGGGCACUAUUCAAACCCUCCUUAUAGUUAGCUGUAAGAUUCUGUACAAGACUCCGCCCACAAGCCUACAUCACCCAUCCUGCCACACGACAGCUCUCCAUAAAUAUACAAACACAGGAUUCUAACUUGACAAACCUGAUGUGAUGUGCAGUGGUUUGAUUAGCGGGACGCAUGUGGAUUGUGUUGUGAUAGCACUCUUAAGGGGGAGUGACUCUGGAGUUUGAGACUCAGACUAUCAAAAACAAAAGUGAGAUUUAUAAACAUGUUAAUACAUUGGUUUGGGCAAAAAUAGCAUUUUCAAAACACUUAAAGGCAACAUGGUGAUCUAAAUAUGUUGUGUUACAGUCAAUACCGCACAGACGUCACCCCCCCCCAAAUCCACACUUCCCUUUGUAAACACAUGAACACGAGAAUAAACCAUGAGCUGCUAAACAAAGACUCCCAUGUAUUUCAGAACAUGUGUGUAGAGUGGAAACCACAGGGAGAGCAGCUUUUACACAGAGUAACACCCCAUGAGGACGCAAGCACUUUUAGUUCUAUGGAGGGGCCUUUAUAUUAAUUAUAGGCAAUUAUUGUGCCCAUUGAAAUAGUGUUUCUGAUUCAACAGUUCACUGUACUUUUUCAUACUAAAGAACGUCCAUGUACAUGAUUCAGAGCAUACAGUGAGGUGUGGGAGUCGUGUUCAUGGGGUCUGGAGGUAGAGGGAACAGUGUGAUUGGGCUGACAGGUGUUCGCACUUCAAACUCCGCCCCUUCAGCCAGGUGUUUGUAUCACAAUACCUGGCUGUAAGUAGAAAUGUAAAAGGAGUGAUGUGUUUAUCACUGUUUAUCCAUUGCAUAAAUGGAGGGAUACACACAAAGUACCACAAAGCCCAAAUCUGUGUGUCAAUAAUUUUAUAUAUUUUUAGAAAAAGAAAGUUGUUUGAUGAAAACGACAGACUGUGGACUCUGAAACAUUGUUGGUUGUUCUUGUGGGAGUUGGACCACAGCUCACUGCCUUAAGAUAUUCACCAUUGGUCAGAUGUGGAGAGGGGGCGGGACGUGUACAGUGAGUUUGUAAAAAACAAGUGACAAAUAUUUAUUACGUUGCAUUGGAAGACAUUGUUUACUUCUUGAAUGUUACCGUUUGUGUAGAAAAGUUUAGAUGUAAUAAAUGCAUUCUGUUAA